AGCAACCAGCCACAGGGAGGAGUUGCAGCAUGCGUAUAAAAUAGCCACAAACACGCACAUCCACGCCAUCAUAUUUUUAUUUCCGCGGUUACGUUUGAGCUUUGCGUAGAAUCUGAAGGGACGCCAUGGACUCAGAUCCCAGCGUCUCCCCUGAUGCGCCCAAGGUGAAGAGGACCUUUGACCAAAUGGUGUUCGUCAACAGAAGUGUGACCAUGGAAGACAUCCAGUGUUAUGGAUUCGACAUGGACUACACCAUGGCAGUGUACAAGUCUCCUGACUACGAGAGCCUUGGCUUUGAGAUGAUAAGAGACAGAAUGGUGUCUGUCGGAUACCCUCACGAGCUUCUACGCUACACAUACGACCCCAGCUUCCCCACGCGCGGUUUAGUGAUCGACACCGCGUUUGGGAACCUCCUGAAGGUGGAUUCAAAUGGGAAUAUUUUGGUCUGCAGUCACGGCUUCCGCUUCCUCAAAGGAGUCGACGUUCACCUCUACUACCCCAACAAGUUCAUCCAAAGAGACAACACCGACCGUUUCCACACUCUCAACACUCUCUUCAAUCUUUCCGAGACUUACUUCUACAGCUGCCUUGUGGACUUCUUCACCAGAUGCAACAGAUACACAAACCUCCUGAAAGGUUUCCAGCAUGGCGACUUGUUCAUGUCCUACAGAAGCAUGUUCCAGGACGUCCGAGACACGGUGGACUUCAUUCACGACACGGGAAUCCUGAAGGAACGAACGAUCAAGAACAUGGAGAAAUACGUUAUCAGAGAUCCGAAUCUCCCUGUGUUCUUGAGCCGGAUUAAAGCUGUGGCGAAAGUCUUCCUCGCCACCAACAGUGACUACAGCUACACAGAGGCCAUUAUGAACUAUCUGCUUGAAAAUAAUCCCAACGCCGGAAGGGAGAAAAGGUCCUGGCGCUCCUUCUUCGACCUCAUCGUGGUGGACACCAAAAAGCCUCUGUUCUUUGCAGAGGGGACAGUGCUGAGACAAGUGGACACGGACACCGGAAAGCUUCGGAUCGGGACGUACACCGGCGACCUCCAUGCUGGAACCGUCUACUCCGGAGGUUCUUCGGACCUUAUCUGCGACCUGCUGGACGUCAAAGGCAAAGACAUCCUCUACGUCGGCGACCACAUCUUCGGCGACAUCCUCAAAUCCAAGAAGCGCCAGGGCUGGAGGACUUUCCUCGUGGUGCCGGAGCUCACCAAGGAGCUGCAGGUGUGGGACGAGAAGAAGGGUCUGUUUGAGGAGCUGAAACGUCUCGACGUCUUCUUGGCGGAACUCUACAAGCACCUGGACAGCGGAAGUCAAGGGUGUCCCGACAUCCGGACUAUUCAGACCAGAAUGAAGGUGCUGACCUACAGGAUGGACAUGUCUUACGGCCAGAUGGGCAGCCUGCUGCGCAGCGGCGCCAGACAGACGCUGUUUGGCAGCCAGCUGAUGCGUUACGCGGAUCUAUACUCCUCCAACUGCAUCAACCUGCUGCACUACCCCUUUAAUUACCUCUUCAUGGCUCCCCCAGUGCUGAUGCCCCACGAAGCGGCGGCGCAACACGCGGCCGACGUCGCCUCAGCAGAGCUCGCUCGCACCAACAACACGGCCAUGAUGGGCAGGAACUAAGGUCUGCAUCGGCCUGUUUUCAGAAGGAGAAGAAGUGUGAAGAGGAAAUAUGCAGAUGACUCCUUUAAUCGACGCAGGUGACCGUUUGCUCCGGCGCUUGUAGAAACGCAGCAAUAUGACCAAAAAGAAGGACUAACAUCCUGCUCGACCUGGUGAAUGUGAAGUGCUGUGUCAUGCAACAAAUAUCUGGGAGUUUUAAAAGAAAAACACUGUUUCAGAAUUACUGUAUAUAACAGUGUUAUUAUCUUGUUUGCUGUAGGGGUGCAGUGUGUACUUUUGAUGUUUUUUUGCAGUGAUUUUUAAGGUGUGACUUUAUUUGUUGUUUCUGAAUAAUAGGAAUAAAUCAUUCAUACUA